CUCGGGGCCCGAGCUGACCUGCAUCGUGGUGCUGGUCCACCUGUCAGAUCCUGACCCUGAGUGGCUCAGCCAAACGGUCGCCAACAUCUCCAGCCUCUUCCAACCCCACAUUGCGGCCCAGAGGCUGCUCGUGGUCCACGGGCGUCUCGGCGGCUCCCCUGUGCCGGGAGACCCAGGCGGCGCUGGGGCCUCCUCGCCCUGUGCGGCUGCGUAUUCCAGGCAGAAAGCGGAUCACGCCCUCCUCAUGAACUUUGCUCUCAACCUCUCUGAAUAUUUUCUGAUGAUGGAAGACCGUGUUCGGUGCACCCCCAGAUUUGUCUCUACCAUCUACUGGGCACUGUCAGCCUGGAAAGAACGACCCUGGGUGACCCUGGAGUUCUCCAGCCUGGGCCUCUCAGGGAAGGUCUUCCACACCAGCGACCUGGCCCGCCUGGCCGAGCUCCUCCUCCUCUUCCCCAGGGACACGCCCACGCACCUGCUCCUCUCCCAGUUCCGCCUCCUCUUGGCCCAACAGGUUCCGAUUCGCUUCGCGUCCUCAGUCUUCCGCCCUGUGCCCAACGAUUCGGUGCCUGAGGACGCCUGCUUUCCCGUGGAGAGGGAACCGGUCUUCGGUGAACCAGACAACCCCGUCGCCAGGGUCCUCACCGACAUGAGCGCAGUCUCGAAUGUCGUUCCCGAAUACGCUUACGUCCUGAACAAGGAGAGCUACUCCACCUUCGAGCCCUUAAGAGGCAACUACCUGACAGUGGUUUGGGAGAGGCCACAGAAAGUCACCCGGAUAGAGGUGCUGACAGGUUCCGACCCACAGGGGCGGUACCGCCUGCAGCAGGGCCAGGUAGAGCUGGGCUACGACCCCUUGGCGCAUUCCGAAGGCUGCGCUCGCUACACCCUGCUCGGGCCGCUGGUGGAAGGGAACUUGGACCAGAGGGUCUUCUACGAAGAGGAUGCUGCGGAGCAGCUGAGCUGCAUCCGGCUGCUGGUGCUGGCCCCGCAGGACUCCUGGCUCCUCAUCCGGCAGAUCCGGGUGUGGACGCAGCCGGAGGAGGAGCAGAGCUGGCGGCACCAGGGGAGGCCUGCAAGGGGUGGUCCCGGGCAUGCAGCCUCCACGGCCAGCGAGAAAUAA